AUGGAAGCAGAAACAGAAGCAGAAGCCGGCGAGCCACCUGAAACCGCCAUCACAGCGCCGAUUCGCCAUCACAGUGCCGUAACCCUUUUCUUCUUCUCUCUUCGCGCUACCUUAGCGCCACCGUCACAGCGCGACCUCUUCUCCUUCCUCAGCUCAUCACCGAAGCCUUCCCUUGUUUUUGCCUUGAACCAGAACCCACCGCCAUCGAGCACCUCCGCCGAGUCCAGAGGUGCAGCGGCGAGAUCCAGCCACCGAACGACGACGAGCAGCGGCGGUCCUGUUCUUGUCUCGAACCAGAACCCACCACCAUGGAACACCUCCGCAAACCCAAAGGAGCAGCGGCGAGAUCCAGCCACCGAACGACGACGAUUAGUUCCGUUGGUUUGGCUUUAUUUCUUGUUUCUUUCUUUGGUUGUUACCUAUAACAUCUCUCUCUGGUUUUCAAAAUUCAGUGCCCCUCCAAUCCCAUGUCAAAGACCAAAAAUAGAAGAAACAUCAAAAACCAAGCAAAGACAUGAAAAUCGCAUCCGCCAAUUCAUUCAUCCUCAGGUGCUUCCUCAUCUCCCUACCACCACCACUGUCGCCGGCCUCAAAAUCAGACCCGGUUACACCUCCUACGACGCCUACAUACAGCACCAGCUCAACAAGACCCUCAACCCUAAGCUCCGGAAAGUAUGGACCACGCGCGAUUGGAACCGCAAGAUCCCCGUCUUCGCGCGCUUCUUCCAAGAACUCAAGGACAAACACCUUCUCCACAACGCCUCCAAGGCUCUCUGCAUCGGCGCGCGCGUCGGCCAGGAGGUCGAGGCCUUGCGGCGCGUGGGAGUCACCGACUCCAUCGGGAUAGAUCUUGUUCCCUUCCCUCCCCUCGUUGUAAAAGGCGAUUUCCAUAACCAACCCUUUGAUAACGACACCUUCGAUUUUGAAUUCUCCAACGUCUUCGACCACGCUCUCUACCCUCACAAAUUCGUUGCAGAGAUUGAGCGCACGCUCAAGCCCAACGGUAUCUGCGUCCUCCACGUGGCACUCUCUCGCCGCGCCGAUAAGUAUUCCGCCAACGACCUCUUCAGCGUGCAGCCUCUCCUGGAGUUGUUCAAGAACUCACGCGUCCUUCAAGUUCGCAACGUCGAUGGCUUCGGCUUGGACACUGAGGUCGUCUUUCGCAAGAAAAUCAAACAAUAACAAAUUCUCAUCCACAACCAACAUUUUGUAAUACCUUCUUCGACUCUAUAUCUUUCUUUUCUUUUUUUCUCAGUUACACGUGAAUUUUGUAACUUUUUUUUGUUUAAUAAGCUUAAAAUUACUUUUGUUCUUUGGAGGAGAGUGUUAGUGGUGGCGGUGGUGAUGAUGAAGAAUGUGGAAUUUGAGGCUAAUGGCAUGGGUUAUUAUUGCAACGUAUAGUAACUGUGCAUUUGGUUAGGUGACGACAUAGAUUGAUAGAUAGAUAAGAUGGCACUUUGCUUAAACUACACAUUUAGUUGCGCUCUGUGUACAAGAUUUUGAGCACUUUUGGAAAUCUCAUCUUUCCGUGUAGUAGUAUAAUUGGAUAUUUCCAUUCAAUGACUUAUAACUGUUUAUACCCUUCA